UUCUUUUUUGGUAUUUGCUUAAUUGCAGAACUACUUCCUAAAUUUCACUCCGUUCCGAUUCAGAACUGUACGAACCUCCGCCGGUGAAACUGCUCACACACUACAGGUAUUGACGAAUUUCGCCAUCUCCGUCACCGACGAUGGAUUCUCCGGCGAACACAUUCAAUCCGAACAAGCGUCUCAAGGAAGAGUUUGUGAGCAAUUUAACAGGAACUUCAAUGACGGAGUUAUUUCUUCUCAUUACCACUCUCUCGAUGCUCCUCUUUCUACGUUCGGUAUAUUCCAGUUCCAAAAAAGAGACCUUGUCAAAGAAAGAUGAUGACGUUAAUGCAGUUGUUUGUAAGAAGAACAUGGGAUCACAUCUUGCUUCAGCGACUCUUGAUGUCCUCUGCAUUGUAUUUCCAGUCAUUUUAUGUUUAACUAUUCUGGCAGAUUGGACAUAUACUAAUGCAGUUGGGAUGACCUUAUUGGUGACAUUCUUUAUUUUAGCUAGAAGAUCUGGAUUUUCUGUUUCUCAGGAAGAGGGGGUCCGAUCUCUUAGGACAAAUAUAUCUGCAUACAGGGUUGCUAUGAAUUUUCUGACAUGCAUAUGUAUUCUGGCUGUUGACUUCAAGAUAUUUCCUAGAAGAUAUGCUAAAACAGAGACCUACGGUACUGGCUUGAUGGACAUUGGAGUAGGUUCGUUUAUUGUGGCAAAUGCAUUGGUUUCACGACAAGCACGUGGAAUUGCAAAAACGAAUUUGAGAAAUGCAAUUUCUUCAACUUGUCCACUCAUAGUCCUGGGGUUUGCUCGAAUCUUUUUCACUUCAAGUGUUGAUUAUCAGUGGAAUACAAAUGGGUCAGGUUAUUGGGGGUUGUACCUUGUUUGUGUCCAACUAGGCAACUAUCUUUUCUUUGGAAAACCUGGAGAUGCUGUGUUGAGGACAAACGAUUGGGCAAGGAUUAGAGUCUGGAUUAUCUGUCUUCUAUUCUGGUUGUUGACCAUUUUGCUAGAUAGGCAUGUUGAGAGGGUUUCUCGCAGAAUGUGCAACCUGGCUUAUGUUACUGUAGUAUUGGCUAUGAACCUUCAGGUUUUUGCAGUUUUAACUCUAGCUGAUUAUGUACCUGGAUAUAAAGUUGCUGCAUUGAUAGAAUAUUUCGACCGAAAUCUACUGGGCUCUUUUCUUCUGGCUAACGUGCUAACUGGAAUGGUUAAUCUUUCCAUGGAUACCCUCUCUGUCUCACCAUUCGUUGCCCUUGCUAUCUUGGUUGGAUAUGCAUACAUUUUAUCUAUUGCCGCAGCAGUUGCACAUUUUUAUGGUAUUCGAUUGAAGUUUUGGUAGUGGAGCUUGUUCUAGUGUGUACUAUAAUUUAAAUCCAUUCUUUAACGUAAUAGAUCCUGUGUCUACAAUAGAUUCUGUAAUCGAGGCAUUGACUGAGCAAUCAUAUAUUUUACC